AAGCGCCAGUCCUCUCCCGUCCAGCGACGCGGCUGCACUACUCGCGCGCUGCCGUCGGAGCUGCUCCGUUUUUUACUCUCUGCUCUCUGUCGUCUAUCCCUUCCCCCACCCCCCCACCCCCCCGCCGUCGCAGCGCGCCCACGCCGGUCGCUUCGCGCGCAGGAGGAGAGAUCGGUAUUGGCCCCGACAGGUGCAUCGGGUGUACAUACACACCCAUACGCAGAGUGACACUAGCGCGCGCUUAACCGGCUACCGGCAUGGACUGCUGCAGUCUCGAGGGACAGUCUCGCGAGUGAACAAGCUGAGGAAGACCACCACUAGCUGCUACUUUUGUGCGAGAUUAUAUUGUAAGAGUAGUGUGCGGACAGCAUGUGCCAGCGCGAGUGUUCUAGGACUCCGAAAUAGUUUGGAUUUUUCGGUAGAGAUCAUUAAUUGUCGUGCGGUGAUUAUUGCUCCUGCUACACACAACACUAGUAUCGAAGAGAGCUGAGAAGAUCUCGAGGAGGACAUGGCAGCGUAGUGUACAUGUGAUUGCGUAAGCCCAAAGCCGCACUUCUUCCAUACCGAUCUUACGAGAGAGUCGAAACACCGCGUCAAAGAUGAAUCAGCAGUGCAAGGUCUGCGGAGAGCCGGCCGCUGGUUUCCACUUCGGAGCGUUCACCUGUGAGGGUUGCAAGUCAUUCUUCGGGCGGACGUACAACAACCUGGGCAGCAUAUCGGAGUGCAAGAACGGCGGCGUCUGCGUCAUCAACAAGAAGAACCGCACGGCCUGCAAGGCCUGUCGGCUGAGGAAAUGCCUGAUGGUCGGGAUGUCCAAGUCGGGCUCGCGCUACGGCCGUCGCUCCAACUGGUUCAAGAUCCACUGCCUCCUGCAGGAGCAGUCGAACAACAAUCAAAACGCCAGCAGUCUCGCGGCCUCGCACUUCGGAGCGGCGGGUUUCAUACCUGGCUUCCUGCCAGGUUUGGGCCAGUCCCAGUCGCAGCAGAGCCUCCUGGGCUACGGUUCCUCGGCCAAGGACGGCCGGGAGCAGAGGUCGCCGAGUCAGGAGGACCUGGCGCUGCAGUCGCACCUUCUCCAUGUGGCGAUGAUGAAGCAAAAGAGCAGCCGCGGUGUUGGCAGCGACGGCAAGUCGCCCCGACCUGACGACCUAGCGCUGCAGAACCAACUGAAGCUGCUGGCCUGGCAGAAGGAGGAGGACCGAGUGAACAGUUUGCAGCAGCAGUCCCCGGCCAACACGACGCCGCCGAGGAACAGCACGCCGCCGUCCUUCCCCUACAAGGACCUCGUCUCGAGCUCGGCCAUGUUCGGCCUGGUCGCCGCCGGCCAGAAGGACCCCAGCGCCAUGGCGUCCGCGAGCUCUCUCGAGGUUUUCCGGCCGUUCCUGCCGAUCUACAAGAGGACGACCGACACGCCGAGCGACAGUGGCGCCUCCUCGGUCGAGAGCGACGAGCACGACUCGCGCAGCAACUCGGCCUUCAGCUACUUCAAGCAGGAGGGCAACUCGCCGCCCAGGCGGAAGAUCAACGCUACGGUCACCCUUUCCACGGACUACCAUCACCACCAGCACCACCACCACGGGCUGGUCUACCCCCCGAGCGAGCUGGUCACCCCGGCGACGUCGCACCACUCGCUCCGAGGCGGCGACCUGCUCCUCGCCAGUCCAAGUCCUGGCGGCCUGGCGGUCGAGCAGAUGGAACCUAUCGACCUGAGCCUCAAAUCGACCAUCAAGAGCAGUUUCCACAGGUCGAAUCGCGUGCUCGAUUCCGAGCGCGAAAAGUCCCAGGAACGGGAGCAGAGCAGCUCGCCCAACAAGAUCGGCACGCAGCAGGAGAACACCGGCAAGAGCAACCCGCUCGACCUGAGCCUCGACGUCAAGAGGCCGGCCGAGGUGUCGCUGUAGUCCCAAGAAGCCUGUAAAUAUAGCGCAUUCGGACAGAGGCGGGCUGGUCCCGACUGAUAUGUAAUAUCAAACGUUUGACUGAGCCUGAUCCCCACUGCAUAGAUAUAUUGGUCGGGGACGCGCGCGAUAGCCUGUCUUUAUCCCGGAAUGUCGAGAUCGGUGUACGGAGCGAUUGUAUUGCGAAGCGAGUAAUAGAGAGUGAGAGAGAGAGAGAGAGUAUAUCGUUGUGUGUGUGUGUGUGUGUAUCCGCGUACGAAAAAAUGUGUUCAGAGCCAGCCACAUUAUUAUUAUUAUUAUUAUUAUUAUUAUUAUUAUUAUUAUUAUUAUUAUUAUUAUUACUACUACUACAUCGUGUACUCGUAGCCCUGAUGUUUCCAACGCAGCAGAUAGCUUAUACUUUUUUCAUCGUUGCACUUGACGAGCGAGACAGCCCAUAGCGUGUAUACGUCUCUAUUAUACAUAUAUACAUAUGAAUAUAUACAUAUAUAAAUAUUAUCGUACAUUGUAAUAUGCGCGCGACCAAAUAUGUAAGUAUAUCCAACACACACACGUCAGAGCGUAUUCAUUUUAUAUCGAAUUGAAGGCAGAUGCAACGAACAGUCAUAGAGUUAUUUUAUUGUACUAUAUUCGACAUAACAUAUAUGAAAUAUUUUAUAUAUUGCAUAUACAUAGAUAUUUUAUUUAUAUAACGAGCAUAUUGUACGGGAUCUAGCUCCACGUCAUGUGUAUGUGGUGUACUCUUGCGAAUGUAUGCGAGACACGAGGACGACGAGGGUUUGUCGACGAUGCAAACUUAAGGGAAAAAAAAAAAGAAAAUGUGAUCCUUAGUAAAUCAAAAGGCCAGUAAACUACAAAUCACGCUACGAUGCGGACCGCGGAGCAAUGCAGAUAUAGAGUCCGUUAUUUUUAACGCGAAGUAAACCUGUGGCAUUCCAACUUAUAAUAUGUAUUUUUUUUCUUCUUCUUCUUCUUCUUCUUCUUCUUUUUCUCGAUGCCUGAAAGGAUAUCGUUCGCUUUUUUUUUCUUACACACAUCACUUGUUAUGUAUUAUUGUAAUAGAGAGAAGAAAAAAGCCGUAGGUAUUUUGUAAUUAACGGAGCGAGCCAGCGAAUCGUUCUUAUAUUUGUAAAUAGUAGCGUUUAAGAGUAAAAAAAAAAAACAAUCACACAGUAAAAGCGGCCAGUACUUAA